AUGGGAGGGACCCCUCGGCCUGGUCCUUCCCCAGGUCCAGGGCCGUCUCCCGGAGGACCGUCUCCAGGUUCUGCCCAUAGCAUGAUGGGACCCAGUCCAGGACCUCCACACCCGUCUCAGGGACCCACAGGAUAUCCUCAGGAAAACAUGCACCAGAUGCACAAGCCCAUGGAGCCUGAUGACCCCCGAUAUAACCAGAUGAAGGGCAUGGGGAUGAGGCCAGGUGCGCAUCCUGGUAUGGGACCUCCUCCAAGCCCCAUGGACCAACAUUCCCAAGGUUACCCCUCACCAUUGGGGGGAUCAGAGCACGCACCCAGCCCUGUCCCAGCUAAUGGUCCUCCCUCUGGGCCCAUGAUGCCUGGUGCACCCCCUGGGGCUGGCCCAAUGGAGACCAAUGGUGACCCCAACCAAGCCAUGGCUCAGCCCAACCGCCCAGGGGGUCCUCCUGGACCUGGUGCUGGACCCGGUGGUCCAGGGGGACCCACUCCCUUCAACCAGAAUCAGCUGCAUCAACUCAGGGCACAGAUCAUGGCAUAUAAGAUGUUAGCGCGUAGCCAGCCUCUUCCAGAGCACCUGCAGAUGGCCGUACAGGGGAAGAGGCCGAUGCCCAGCAUGCCCCCAUCAGCUGGGCCUGGAGGGGCACCAGGGGCUGGGCCACCACAGCCUCAGGGAAACUAUAACCGACCACAUGGUAUGGUUGGGCCCAAUAUGGUCCCACCUGGACCUGCAGGAGUGCCUCCCGGUAUGCCUGGUCAGCCAACCAAUGGACCUCCUAAAUCGUGGCCUGAAGGGCCCAUGGUCAAUGCUGCUGCUCCCUCAAGUGGCCCUCAGAAGAUGAUUCCUCCACAGCCUACAGGACGCCCCUCUCCUGCUCCACCUUCAGUGCCUCCAGCCGCAUCUCCGGUGAUUCCUCCUCAAACCCAGUCUCCAGGACAGCCUGUCCAGCCUCCUCCCAUGAUGAUGAAGCAAAGCCGCAUCACCCCGAUCCAGAAGCCUCGCGGGCUGGACCCAGUCGAGAUCCUUCAGGAGAGGGAAUACAGGCUACAGGCCCGUAUAUCUCAUCGUAUCCAGGAGCUGGAGCACUUGCCUGGGUCUCUGGCCGGAGACAUCCGCACUAAAGCCACUAUAGAACUCAAGGCCCUCAGACUGCUCAAUUUUCAGAGACAGUUGAGGCAAGAAGUGGUGGUUUGCAUGCGCCGAGAUACCUCAUUAGAAACUGCCCUCAAUGCCAAGGCCUACAAACGCAGCAAACGCCAAUCUUUGCGUGAGGCUCGGAUCACUGAGAAGCUGGAGAAACAGCAAAAAAUUGAGCAAGAGCGCAAACGAAGACAGAAACACCAAGAAUACCUCAAUAGCAUCCUUCAACAUGCCAAGGACUUCAAAGAGUACCAUCGCUCCAUCACUGCCAAGCUCCAGAAGGCCACAAAGGCCGUCGCAACUUACCACGCCAACACUGAGCGCGAGCAGAAGAAGGAGAAUGAACGUAUUGAGAAGGAGAGAAUGCGGAGGCUGAUGGCUGAAGAUGAAGAAGGCUACCGUAAACUGAUCGACCAGAAGAAAGACAAGCGCCUGGCGUACCUGCUGCAGCAAACGGACGAGUAUGUGGCUAACCUCACAGAGCUGGUGCGCGCUCAUAAGGCUGCACAGGCACUAAAGGAAAAAAAGAAGAAGAAGAAAAAGAAGAAGCCUGAGACAGCAGAAGGAGGCACUGCAGCUUUGGGACCUGAUGGAGAGCCGCUGGAUGAAACCAGCCAGAUGAGCGACCUCCCAGUAAAGGUCAUUCAUGUGGACAGUGGAAAGAUCUUGACUGGGCUGGACGCUCCCAAGUCUGGUCAGCUGGAAACAUGGCUCGAGAUGAACCCAGGGUAUGAAGUAGCUCCUCGAUCUGACAGCGAAGACAGUGACUCGGAGGAAGAGGAAGAAGAGGAGGAAGAAGAGGAGCCCCAUUCCUCUGCUGCUCAAACUGAGGAGAAGAAGAAGAUCCCUGACCCAGAAAGUGAGGACGUCUCUGAAGUCGAUGUUCAGCAUAUCAUUGAACACGCCAAGCAGGACGUGGACGAUGAGUACGGCAGCCAGGCUUUCAACAGAGGGCUGCAGUCGUACUACGCUGUGGCUCACGCUGUUACUGAGAAGGUGGACAAGCAGUCCUCCCUCAUGGUCAAUGGUCAACUCAAGCAAUACCAGAUCAAAGGACUGGAGUGGCUGGUGUCGCUUUACAACAACAACCUCAAUGGCAUUCUGGCGGACGAGAUGGGCCUGGGGAAAACCAUCCAGACCAUCGCACUCAUCACUUACCUCAUGGAACUCAAGCGCAUCAAUGGCCCCUUCCUCAUCAUCGUGCCGCUGUCAACGCUAUCCAACUGGGUGCUGGAGUUUGAUAAGUGGGCGCCCUCGGUUGUCAAGAUUUCGUACAAGGGAUCCCCGGGGGCCCGUCGUGCCUUUGUUCCCAUUCUGCGAAGUGGCAAGUUCAAUGUGCUGCUUACCACAUAUGAGUAUAUCAUCAAAGAUAAACAAGUGCUAGCUAAGCUACGAUGGAAGUACAUGAUUGUGGACGAGGGCCACAGGAUGAAGAACCACCACUGUAAGCUGACGCAGGUGUUGAACACUCACUACCUGGCCCCUCGACGUGUUCUUCUGACUGGAACGCCUCUUCAGAACAAGUUGCCUGAGCUUUGGGCUCUGCUCAACUUCCUCCUGCCCACAAUCUUCAAGAGCUGUAGCACCUUCGAGCAGUGGUUCAACGCUCCCUUUGCCAUGACCGGAGAAAAGGUGGAUCUAAAUGAAGAGGAGACCAUUCUUAUCAUCCGUCGUCUUCACAAAGUUCUCAGGCCUUUCCUCUUGAGAAGACUCAAGAAGGAGGUGGAAUCUCAGCUGCCUGAGAAGGUGGAGUAUGUGAUCAAGUGUGACAUGUCUGCGCUCCAGAGGGUGCUGUACAGACACAUGCAAGCCAAGGGGGUGCUGCUCACAGACGGAUCAGAGAAGGAUAAGAAGGGUAAAGGUGGUACUAAGACUCUGAUGAACACUAUCAUGCAGCUGAGGAAGAUCUGUAACCACCCCUUCAUGUUCCAGCACAUCGAGGAGUCUUUCUCUGAACAUCUGGGCUUCUCCAAUGGAGUUGUAACUGGACCUGAACUGUACCGCUCCUCUGGGAAGUUCGAAGUGCUCGACAGAAUCCUGCCCAAACUCAGGGCUACAAACCACAAAGUGCUGCUCUUCUGUCAGAUGACCUCCCUCAUGAACAUCAUGGAGGACUACUUUGCAUUCCGUGGCUUCAAAUACCUGCGCCUGGAUGGAACCACUAAAGCAGAGGACCGUGGGCUGCUCCUUAAAUCGUUCAAUAACCCUGCUUCUGAGUACUUUGUGUUUUUACUCAGUACCAGAGCAGGAGGGCUGGGUCUGAACCUUCAGUCAGCCGACACUGUGGUCAUCUUUGACAGUGACUGGAACCCUCAUCAGGACUUGCAGGCCCAGGACAGAGCUCAUCGUAUUGGGCAGCAGAACGAGGUGCGAGUGCUUCGUCUGUGCACGGUCAACAGUGUGGAAGAAAAGAUCCUGGCCGCCGCCAAGUACAAGCUCAAUGUGGACCAGAAGGUCAUCCAGGCCGGCAUGUUCGACCAGAAGUCCUCAGGGUUCGAGAGGAGAGCUUUUCUACAGGCCAUUUUGGAGCACGAAGAACAGGAUGAGGAGGAGGAUGAAGUUCCUGAUGAUGAAACAGUCAAUCAGAUGAUUGCCAGAAGUGAAGAGGAAUUUGAACAAUUUAUGCGUAUGGACCUGGAUCGACGACGGGAGGACGCUCGUAACCCCAAGAGAAAACCUCGUCUGAUGGAAGAGGACGACAUGCCCGGCUGGAUCCUGAAGGAUGAUGCUGAGGUGGAGAGGCUGACCUGUGAGGAAGAGGAGGAGAAGAUGUUUGGACGAGGCUCACGCCAACGCAAAGAGGUGGACUACAGCGACUCGCUCACUGAGAAGCAGUGGCUCAAGGCGAUAGAGGACGGUAACCUUGAGGACCUUGAAGAAGAGGUGCGUCACAAAAAAACCACCCGGAAACGCAAGAGGGACCGAGACGACGGCAUGUCCACCCCCAGCAGCUCCAGCCGGCGGGACAAGGACAAGGACGAGGACGGGAAGAAGGCGAAGAAGAGGGGCCGCCCUCCUGCUGAGAAACUGUCACCAAACCCACCCGCUCUCACCAAGAAGAUGAAGAAAAUUGUGGAUGCAGUAAUCAAGUACAAGGAUGGUAAUGGCCGGCAGCUGAGUGAAGUCUUCAUCCAGCUUCCCUCUCGAAAGGAACUGCCAGAGUACUAUGAGCUUAUUCGCAAACCUGUGGACUUCAGAAAAAUAAAGGAGAGGAUCCGUAGCCACAAAUAUCGCGGCCUCAACGACCUGGAGAAGGAUGUGAUGCUGCUGUGUCAAAACGCACAAACGUUCAACUUGGAGGGUUCCCUGAUCUACGAGGACUCCAUUGUGCUUCAGUCCGUGUUCACCAGUGUGAGGCAGAAGAUCGAGAAGGAGGAGGAGAGUGAAGGAGAAGAUAGUGAGGAAGAGGAGGAGGAUUUGGACGAAGGCUCAGAGUCUGAAUCUCGAUCAGUGAAGGUGAAGAUUAAACUGAGCCGGAAAGAGAAGGGCGACAAAGGGGGCAAAGGCCAAAAGAGGAAAAGCAGAGGCUCCAGGGCCAAACCUGUGGUGAGCGACGACGACAGCGAAGACGAGCAGGAGGAGGAUCGCUCCGGCAGUGGCACAGAGGAGGACUGA